AUGUCUUCCAGACGCAGGGCCCCAUCGCAUCUAUCAUACGACGAAUAUCAGGCGGGUCCCAGCGGCCAGUCGGACUCGGAUGGCGUCUCGCUCGAUUAUGCCCGCUCGGACUCGGGCUCCUAUUUGUCCCCUCCACCGUAUGCCCUACACAACCCUGUCAGCCUUCCCGAGACGCCAGAGCUCGAGUACUCCGAAUACGCCGCGUCGGGUACAGGACUCGCUUCCCACGCGCGCGUGCAGGACGAUGGUCGCAUCGCCGUGUCGCUCAAGCUCCAGAGGAAGCUUCCCGAACUCCCUGCCGACUACGCGCAGGAUGUACGGGAGUUUGCUGUUGACUAUAGGGACUAUACCGAAGUUCCUGCUUUGAGUAUAGUCAUCAUGAUUGUUGGCAGCCGAGGCGACGUCCAGCCGUUCAUUGCGCUUGGCCAACGAUUGAAAGCGGAUGGACAUCGCGUUCGUAUUGCAACACAUGCUACCUUCGACAAGUUCGUGCGUGAUGCUGGACUUGAGUUCUUUAGCAUCGGUGGUAACCCGCACGAGCUGAUGAGCUAUAUGGUCAAAAACCCGGGCUUGAUACCUGGGAUGGAGUCGCUUCGCAACGGCGACAUUGGCAAGAAAAGAAGGAUGCUUGGGGAGAUGCUUGAAGGCUGCUGGAAGGCUUGUUAUGAGGCUGAUGAGAGCACGAACGAGCCUUUUGCUGCGGAUGCGAUCAUCUCUAACCCGCCAGCAUUCGCCCAUGUUCAUUGCGCCGAAGCACUCGGUCUCCCCCUUCUAUUAAGCUUCACCAUGCCCUGGUGCCCUACAACUGCAUUUCCUCAUCCGCUCGUCAACAUCAGUCAAUCGAACGCGCAACAGGGUCUAACGAACUAUCUUUCUUACGCGCUCGCGGACAUGAUGACAUGGCAAGGACUGGGCGAUAUCAUCAACCAUUGGCGAGACCGCUCGUUGGGCAUACAGAAGCUAUCGCUUCGCUCUGGACCAGGCCUGGUCGACAGGCUGAAGAUCCCAUGGACCUACUGCCUGAGCCCGUCUCUUGUCAGCAAGCCGGACGAUUGGAGAAACCAUAUCGACAUGGUCGGGUUCUACUUCCUCAAGCAGGACACGAAUUACCAACCUCCGGAAGAGCUCGCGGCGUUCUUGGCUGCAGGCCCACCGCCCGUGUACAUUGGCUUCGGUUCUGUCGUGGUCGAUGAUCCAGCAGGCAUGACAGACACCAUCCUCGCUGCAGUCGCUCAGAGUAACGUCCGUGCCCUCAUCUCUGCCGGCUGGGGAGGGUUGUCGAGCAGUACUCCCAUACCGGACAACGUCUUCAUCGUGGGAAACAUCAGCAUACCACACGACUGGCUUUUCACGCGUGUUGCAGCCGUAUGUCACCAUGGCGGCGCUGGGACCACCGCAGCUGGGCUCUACGCGGGAAAGCCGACCAUCAUCGUACCCUUCUUCGGAGACCAGCCCUUCUGGGGCGAGAUGGUCCAUAGAGGAGGCGCAGGACCCGCACCAAUCCCACACAAGAAGCUGAAUGUGGAGAGGUUAGCCGAGGCGCUGACGUUCUGUAUGACGGACGGCGCAAGGGCGGCCGCGGAGCGAAUGGGCGAGCAGAUCCGGGCUGAAGACGGCGUGCAUGACGGCGUUAUGUCGUUCUACAGGCAUCUACCAUUGCUCAACAUGCGCUGCGAUGUGGAACCGUCACGUGUCGCUGUAUGGUGGUGUACAAAACAUUGUGUCAAGUUGAGCGCAUUCGCCGCGAAGACUCUCAUUGAUGCCCGAGAGCUACGUCCCAAAGACCUUGAACCCCACCGUCCAAAGGAGUACACUUCUUCGCGCAAUAUCUCCGACCCCGUCUCUGGUGGCUCCUCCGCGGUCUUCUGGACGGUCACGCACAUGUCAAGUAGCCUAGCUCAACUCUUCUAUGACCCCAAGAAGGGCGCGAUCAACACCGCAGUCGCUAUCCCCAAGGGCUUCAUGAAGAUAAUUGUGGGAGUGCACGAGGGCUUCGUGAACGUACCAGCGCUCUAUGGCUCCGAGGUGCGAGAUACCGGGGAUGUCACAGAUUUCAAAAGCGGCAUGGUGAAGGCGGGAAAGGAUCUUUUCUACGGCACCUACGACGGCAUUGCUGGGAUCGUCAAAGAGCCAUGGCAAGGGGCUAAGAAGGAGGGCUUUGCGGGAGCAGCCAAAGGCACGGCACGAGGCUUGGUCAAUGCAACCAUACGUCCUGCUGCCGGUCUCCUCGGUGUUGUCGCAAGUCCACUGCGAGGCGCGUUCAUGUCAGGGUCCUCUUCUGGCCGCGUGCGAAAGGCGUCGUGUAUGCGCAUGAUCACGGAGACACGCCGCAAAGAAGGCGUGAAGGCUGCGCGGCAGAGUACAUCGAUCCAGAGAACGGAUGUACUGCGUCGAUGGGAAGAGCUCAAGUUAACGGUUGAGGACAGGAAAAGGCGCUUGAAGGAGGACGCGCUCAGGGUGUUGGAAGAAGAGAAGCACGACGGCGAGCUUGAAAGUGGACAAGCCUCACCCGCAUUUGGCACUCCUGGCCAGACUGCUUCACCGGAUACGCGGGAAAGGCCCUCUACGAGUACGGGAGCUUCGUCUAUCGCUGCUGACGGCGAAGCACCUCAAGCUGAGAAAGAUGAGCAAGCAGGCUAUGGGUUUCGGACCGGCGGAGAGACGAAGCAUGAUACGAGGCGCGUUUUACGAAAGCAGCGGCAUGGGACGUAA